ACCUAUCUCCACUUCCCUUCCCUUCUUUCUUUCUCCUUUUAUCUGUGAACAAGAAGAAAAAAGAGAGCCUUCUUUCAACUUCUAGGUAGUUGAAUCUACAAACAGCAUUAGCUGGAAAAAUUAAUUGAAGAAAGAGAGAGAUACAAUCUUUAAGAGGCUGUAACGAAUUACCCACAACCCAGGAAACCCUGAUAAAUAUUUGAUCUUUCCCGGGAAAGUUUUGGUGUAUCAUGGGAAUCUUGUCUCCAUACCUUCUAAUAAAGUUGAUCUCUUAAAUUUUUUCUUGUAGAAACCUGUCGAGUUUUCGUUUUUUGUUCCAUUAAUAGAUCAAACCAUCUUUACACAGCCAAACAACAAAAAAAAAGCUCAAACCUUUACAAAAAAAAAAAUUCUGAGAAAAAUUCAAAAAAAACAGAGCAUCAAUGGAGGAAGUAUCACCGGCCGUCGCUAUGCCUUUCAUGCCGUUCCCUGAACAGCAGAUGGAGUUGGCAGGGAUCAUGUUGGGUAAAGGCUACUGCAACGGUCAGUACUCGUCUCAGGAUUCGGAGAACGGCUCGUGCUCUGUUUCUGGGUCUAGGAAAGUUUUGACCUCGCGGAUCAACUCACCUAACUUGAACAUGAAGAAGGAACCAUCAUCAUCAUCAUCAUCAUCAUCGUCGUCGUCGUCGUCGGAGAUAGUUGUCGCUGGAGAAGAGAUCAACGGCUCAGAUGAGAGAUCGAAGAAGAUGAUAAGCAGAACAGAGAGCAGGAGUCUGUUCGAGUUCAAGAGUGUGCCUUUGUACGGUGUGACUUCGAUCUGUGGGAGGAGACCGGAGAUGGAAGACGCUGUCUCCACGAUACCGAGGUUCCUCCAAUCUCCGACAAACUCGAUGUUAGACGGUCGGUUCAAUCCUCAGACAACCGCUCAUUUCUUCGGUGUCUACGAUGGUCACGGCGGGUCUCAGGUGGCGAACUAUUGUAGAGAGAGGAUGCAUUUGGCUUUAGCGGAGGAGAUUGCGAAGGAGAAGCCGAUGCUCUGCGAUGGUGACACGUGGCAGGAGAAGUGGAAGAAGGCUUUGUUUAACUCGUUUCUCCGCGUUGACUCGGAGGUGGAGUCGGUCGCGCCGGAGACUGUUGGGUCAACGUCGGUGGUUGCGGUAGUUUUCCCGACUCAUAUCUUUGUAGCUAACUGCGGCGACUCCAGAGCCGUUCUUUGCCGCGGCAAAACUGCGCUUCCGUUGUCGACUGACCACAAACCGGAUAGAGAAGAUGAAGCGGCGAGGAUUGAAGCUGCCGGAGGGAAAGUGAUCCGGUGGAACGGAGCUCGUGUGUUCGGUGUUCUCGCCAUGUCAAGAUCUAUUGGCGAUAGGUACUUGAAACCGUCGAUCAUUCCUGAUCCGGAAGUGACGGCUGUGAGGAGAGUCAAAGAAGAUGACUGUCUGAUUCUAGCGAGUGACGGUGUUUGGGAUAUAAUGACGGAUGAGGAAGCGUGUGAGAUGGCGAGGAAGCGUAUUCUCUUGUGGCACAAGAAGAACGCUGUGGCUGGAGAUGCGUCUUUGCACACGGAUGAGAGGAGGGGCGAAGGGAAAGAUCCGGCGGCGAUGUCUGCGGCUGAGUACUUGUCAAAGCUAGCUUUACAGAGAGGAAGCAAAGACAACAUAACUGUGGUGGUUGUUGAUUUGAAGCCUCAGAGGAAAUUCAAGAGCAAACCUUUGAACUGAAACCGAGGGUCCUUUUUCUUAAUUUUUAUCAAUGAAUAUGGGUCUCUCAAAGAAAAUACUUAUAAUUUGUGCUUAAAUUAUUUUUAACUAACACGUUAUAAAAUCAUAUGAGAUGAAUGUAGCUUAAUGUGUUUUAAGCUAUUUGUAUCGUCCUAAAACCCUUUGUAUUUUUGUUCCCGGGCUAAUUUGUAAUAUGGUUACAAUAUACAUUAAAACCUAGACAUUUAAUAUUAUAGUUUAUCCA